AUGUGGCUACUCAUACCGAUCCUCUUCUAUUCGGUGAUCUUCCUCUACAUAAGACAUAUCUACACAUACUGGAAACGUAAAGGCUUCCCAACGGAACGUACCGGUUUGGGUUGGCAAUUUCUAAAACAGGUUUAUCGACGGGAAUUUCAAUAUGUGAGCGCAAUUAAUGAAGCAUACAGUGCCGGCGGUGAGCGUGCCUUAUAUGGUGUGUAUUUUUUCUUUCGGCCAACAUUACUGGUACGCGAUGUCGCCUUGGCGCGCCUUAUUCUCGAGAGUCCACUGCAUUUCGAUGAUAAGCGUUGGCAUUAUAUGCAGGGUUAUCGUAAAAUUAAUUUACUCGAAAGGCUGGCGCCGAUUUUUAAUGUUCAACGUGUGGAGGGUAUGUUUCGGAAUGUGGAGAAGGUGGUGGAUAAUAUGGUGAAACAAGUGAAUACACUAAUUGUGGGCAAUGAAGCGCUGGAUAUGCAGAUUGUGCUAAGAACCUACGUCAUCAAUGUAUUCGCCAAUCUGCUGUACGGUCUAGACACAAACUUGUUCGAACCCAAUGAUAGUGUCUUCAAAAGGUACAUACAAAGUACGCUCCGUAAUCGCGGCAUCAACUCAUACACACUCAAUCAUUUGCCAAAAAAAUCAUCGCUCACCUAUCGGCUGCGUGACAUUAUCAGGGAUAGCACAGGACGGCGGGAGGAUGGUGGCAUAAUACGCAAGGAUAUAAUGCAAUUAUUGGUGAAAUUUCGAAAUGGCAAUAAUUUAACGAAUAACAGUAAAUUGAAUUGGCAUGUGGAGAAUGUAUUUGAGCGCGAAAAGCUACUCUCUAUCAAGAAAUUAUCAAAAGUCGCCGAACGUUUUCUAAAUAUCGGCUUCGAGUCCACUGCAUCGACUGCCACAUUAACGCUUUAUGAAAUUCUACAAUCACCGAGCAUACAUAAAAAGGUACUUGAGGAGAUUCACAUUCGGAGUGCAGCAACAAAGAGUGAAGAUAAUAGAUUGACCUAUGCGAAAAUUGAUAGCCUCGAAUAUUUGGACGCAUGCAUUAAAGAAACUGUACGCAAAUACCCGAGUGUACCGUAUGUGGAGCGAGUUUGUCAAAAGAACUUUCAAAUACCCAAUAGCCGUGCAACAAUCAAUGAGGGUCGCACUAUAAUGGUGCCGGUCAUGGCAAUACAACGUGAUGAGCGAAAUUUUAAGGAUCCUGACUAUUAUAGACCCGAACGUUUUUACAAGGCGACCAGCGGCGAGGAGUUGAAUAAUUUUUUGGGUUAUGGUUUGGGUGCUGGAACCUGUGUGGCUCGCAAUUUCGCCACUGUGGUCAUGAAGUUGGCACUUGUUAAACUACUGGACAAUUUCGAUAUGGAAUAUUUAUGUAAUCAAGAUGUACAAAUUGUGCACAAUCCAACGCCAGUGAUCAAAUCCAAGGAUGGUUUUAAAGUUAGACUGAAGAAAUAUAAAGCAAAAACAAUUCUGUAAUAAAUGACUAAUCACUAAGAGUGGCGAAUCUGUCAGAAAACUUCAAAUUCUAUAAAAUGGAAUUGCAGCUUUGUAACUGUAAGAUAUAAAUACGAGUAAAAUAUAUCUAAUAUUGAGCACUUUUCUUGCUUGAGCGCCCAAAAUUAUGCUAUUUAAGUAAUUUUAUUCAAGUGUAUUGGUCAAAUGAAAAAAUUUAAAAAAUAUGCUACAUAAUUUGUAUCUUAUUAUGAACUAAUUUUUUGUAUAAAAGAUAUAUUUCUUCUUUUGUGUUUGAUAUUUGCUAUAAAUAAAAUGCUUCAUGCUGAGUCAAAAGAGCACAUAAA